AUGGAUAAUUCAGAUGCACCAGCAUUAGAGGAGGAUGAUAACGAGAAGGACAACAACACUAGAGAUGACAAUGAUGAAGAUAAUGUAGAUAAUAACAACAAUAAUGAAGAUGACGACAUUGACGAGGACGAAGACGAAGAUGAUGAUGAAGACGACGACGAUGAAGUCGAUGAAGAUGGCAAAAAGAAGAAGAAGAAGAGAAGAUUACCACCUUCAGCAAUGCUGAUACAAAAGGCAAAGGCUAUACAUGGUGCCAAUCCAAGGAAUCUAAUAGAGAAGAUCGUCAGGAUCAAGAUACAGUCGCAUCCCUACUGGAAGGAGAAGUGCAUUGGUCUCAACGAGGAGACAUUGGUCGACAGGGCAAUGGCAUUGAACUCAUUUGGUGGCACGUAUGGAGGAAGUAAACAACCGACCAACUUCUUGUGUCUUAUACUUAAGAUGCUUCAGAUACAACCUGAUAUGGAUAUCAUUGCAGAGUUCAUUACGAAUGAGGACUUCAAGUACGUCACGGUGUUGGGCGCAUUCUAUUUGCGUCUGAUAGGCAAGCCACUAGAGAUAUACAAGUAUCUCGAACCAUUGUACAAUGAUUACAGGUCGGUGCGAAUGAAGCUGGAUGUUGGCUACAGGAAGUUGACGAUCGAUCAGUUUGUCGAAGAGCUGCUCACUACAAACUACGCUUGCGACAUUGCACUGCCUCAUCUGCCACAUCGCCAGCUGCUCGAGCAGCAACAUGCGCUGCCGAAGCGUGUGUCGGCGUUGGUAGAUUUGGGCAUCGUCGACAUGGAUCAACUAAAGUUGGAUGUUGAGUCUGAGCUCGAUGAACAAGAUCGUGCUUCCAAGCCAAGUGCAGUGGUGCCCAAGAAGACGUCAUCCAAAGAAGUCGACAUCACAAUGAAAGACAGCAAGCCUGCGGGCUCAAUUGAGGAGCGCGAGCCUGGCGAGAUGGACAGAGACGUCCGAUCCAACGACCACCGAGGUCGUGAUCGAGACCAGCAUGAGAGAGGACAUCACGAUAGGGAUCAUCGCGAUCGUGAUCAUCGCGACCGAGAUGACAGAUACAGGAGCAGAGACUAUCGUGAUGACAGAGACUACAGAGAUAGAGAUAGAUACAGGGAUAGAGACUACCGUGAUGAUAGAGACAGAGACAGAGGAAGAGAUAGAGACAGAGAUAGAUAUGAUGAUAGAGACCGCAGAGAUAGAGAUAGAGAUAGUAGGGAUAAUAGAGAUAAUAGAGAUAAUAGGGAUAGAUAUGAUGAUAGGGACCACAAGGACAGAGAUGGAAAUAGAGAUAAUAGAGAUAGUAGAGAUGGAGAUAGAGAUAGCAGGAAGAGAGAUAGGAGUCCAGUACUUGGAGAGGAGAAGAUUAAGAAGAAGAAGGAUGUUUCAAAGUAUGAGAAGGGAUCAUCAUCAACAGGUUCAUCUGCUUCAACAAAGUCCAAUGGAGCAGAGAAGAAGGAUGAACAAACAGAGAUAGAGGAAAUGAAUGCACUCAGAGCUAAACUAGGACUGAAGCCAUUAAAGUCAUAG